UUCAAUUCACAAUGAAUUAAUGGUCUCUGCUGGAACAUGCAAUACCAAACAUAUUACGCAGGCAAAUGAUGAGUUUCACACCUCGCAACAUAUUAAAUAGUAUCUAGCGAUUCGAUGAAAGAAAAGACGCACAAAAGAAAUGGGCACUGGACGGCAAUUUGCAACAAUUUCAGUAAACUCAACCCCGCGAAAUCCAGGUUAUUGCGCCCUGUUCGUUGUACUUACAUUGGUUUUUAUCCAGCAGUGCGCAACGUUUAACUUGGAAACGGAAAACCGCGUCGUCUACACUGGACCUAAGGACAGUUUUUUCGGUUAUUCGGUGGAUGUUUUCUACAAUAAUUCGUCUAGUGUCAGCAUUCUGAUUGGUGCUCCCAAAGCUAACACCAGCCAACCGAAUGUCAACGAAGGUGGAUCUGUGUACUUAUGUCCCUGGAGCCAGGGCCAAUCGAAUUGCAGUGUCGUCCACUUUGACAAUGAAGGAGAUCGCCGUUUCCAUGUCAACGACGUCGACGUCCAGGUGGAGUUCAAGUCCCAUCAGUGGUUUGGGGCGACAGUGCGUUCCCAUGGCAACACUGUCCUGGCUUGUGCCCCGAGGUAUUACUGGAGAACGGAACACGACGCCCCCUUCUCUGAUGUCACAGGAACUUGCUACCUCUCCGUGGACAACCUCAAGACAUUUGUGGAGUACGCCCCCUGUCGCACAGAGAGGCAUGGUCCUGCCGGACAGGGCUACUGUCAGGGCGGGUUCAGUGCUGACUUCACCAAGGAUGGGAAGAUUGUUCUUGGAGGACCAGGAAGCUUUUACUGGCAAGGUCAGCUGAUCUUAGCCACCACAAAGGAAAUAGUCAAGGCCUAUUACCCUUCCUACUUCCUGCUCUCUGUUACCGGGCAGAUCCAGACCCAUCAGGUGCAGGGGAGCUAUGAUGACAGUUACCUGGGUUACUCUGUGGCCGGCGGGGAGUUCAGUGGAGAUAAUAUUGAAGAUUUCGUCACGGGAGUCCCCAAGGGACUCAUGUUGUAUGGUUUAGUGUCCAUACUCAAUGGAACAGACCUGAAAUCCAUGCUGAACCUAACCGGAGAACAGAUGGGGUCCUAUUUCGGCUACUCAGUGGCAGCCACGGACAUCAACAACGACGGGAUGGAAGACCUUGUGGUGGGAGCUCCCAUGUUCAUGCAGAGGGGUUCCGACGGACUGCGUUGGGAGGAGGUGGGCCGUGUCUAUGUGUACCUGCAGCGGCGACCCUUGCUGUUUGAACCCAGGCUGCCCCACCUGGGGGGUACCCAGGCCUUCGGGAGGUUUGGCAGCUCGCUGGCCCCACUGGGAGACCUCAACCAGGAUGGCUUCAACGAUAUUGCCAUCGGCUGUCCCUUUGGAGGAGACGACCAACAGGGAUUGGUCUUCAUCUAUAAUGGACAUGCCAGUGGACUGAUGGACAUGCCCACUCAGACUCUAGCUGGCCAAUGGGCCUCUGGCACCUUCCCCGCCAGUUUUGGCUACGCCCUCCGCGGAAAUAAAGAUCUGGAUCAUAAUGGCUACCCAGAUCUCAUCGUAGGUGCUUUUGGGGUUGACAAGGCUGUUCUGUACAGGGCGCGGCCUAUUGUCAAUGCCAGUGCCUCUCUUAUGCUGCAACCUACCAUGAUCAAUCCAGAGGAGAAGAGUUGUACGGUGUCCAAUGGGAAUGAGACAAUCUCUGUGUCCUGUGUCAACCUCAGUUUCUGCCUCUCGGCCAAUGGGAAGCACCUCCCUGCUGAUCUAGGUUUUGUGGUGGAGGUACAGUUGGACCAUCUGAAGCAGACCCAGAAGGAGUCGUCAGUGAGGAGAACUCUGUUCCUGGAUAGCCAACAGGCCAGCCUACGGAAGACCAUCACCAUGGCCAAUGGAGGACGAACGUGUCACGACACCCGCAUCUACCUGCGAAGUGAAGGGGAGUUUAGGGAUAAACUUUCCCCCAUUUACGUCACACUCAACUUUAGCCUGGACCCUCUCGCUUCACUGGAUCUCCAUGGCCUGAGAUCCAUUCUAAAAUACCAGACAACACACCUUAUAGAGCAAAAGGCCCAGAUUCAGCUGGACUGUGGUGAGGACAACAUCUGUGUCCCUGACCUCAAACUGGCUGUUUAUGGAGAUAGGACGGAGGUGUAUCUGGGUGACGAUAACCCCCUGACCCUGACUUUCAAUGCCAGGAACGAGGGAGAGGGCGGGGCCUACGAGGCAGAGCUUUACAUGGUGCUUCCCCCAGAGGCUGACUACAGUGGUAUAGCCCGCAACAAUGCGAGUCUGACUCAGCUAACCUGUAGCUACGAGGCAGAGAAUCAGACCCGCUCUCUGGUCUGUGACCUGGGCAACCCUAUGAAGUCUGGCACAAGUUUGUGGGCAGGCCUCCGUUUCACUGUGCCCCGACUGAAGGACACUUACAAUACGGUGCAGUUUGAGCUCCAGAUACGCAGUAAAAAUGAGAAUAGCUCCCAGAGCGAUGUUGAGCUCUAUGAUCUUGAGGUGGCUGUGGUAGCUGAUGUUAUCCUACAGGGCGUUUCUCGUCCAGACAAGCUCCUCUUCCCUCCUCCAAACUGGAGGAUGAGCCACAGCCUCCAAGAGGAGCAGGACAUUGGGUCUGAGAUCCAGCAUGUCUACGAGUUGGUGAACAAUGGGCCCAGUAUGAUCAGUCAGUCGGUGCUGGAGCUGCGAUGCCCUCUGAGAGCUCAGGGUCACGAUCUUCUGUACCCUGUGGAGAUCAUCACUCAGGGACCACUCAACUGCAGCUCCAACCACACCCUCAAUGCACUGAAACUCAAGCUCCAGCCUCCUACCACAGAACAGCCUCCCUCCUCACGGACGGUCAGCCCUGAACACCACAUCCAGAGGAGAGAGGUCUACAGGGAUCCUCUGGCCAAACAAAGCAACUUGUCAUGCUCUACGGUGGAGUGCUGGAGGCUGCACUGCCAUGUGGGGUUACUGGAGAGAGGAAGCAGUGUCAUUCUGACAGUCCGCUCACGCAUCUGGGCUGAGACCUUCAUCGAGAGGGCAUACAAGCAGUAUGUGCUGGAGUGUUCUGCCCAGUACAGAGUCAAGAACAUGCCCUAUGCCAUCGCUCCCAAACUCAAACCCAGUGGAUCCACAAAGGUCCUGACUCCAGUGAUGUGGAACAAGCCGGAGAGCCAGUACAUUGUACCCCUGUGGAUUAUCAUUCUGGCCAUACUGGCUGGACUGCUGCUGCUCGCCCUGCUCAUAUAUGUACUAUACAAGAUGGGCUUCUUCAAAAGAUCCAAUCCCUAUGGUACAGCCAUGGAGAAAGCUCAACUCAAACCCCAGGCUUCUUCUGAGGCCUAAAUGGUGGACCAUCCCAGACAUCGGUUCGAAAACUGGCCUGUUGGCCUGAACUUGUAUCUCCAAAUGAACUAGGAUGAGUACUACUUGGACCUCACUGGUAUUCAGCCUGGUACUACACACUGAAAUGUUCAAGCAGGCAAACACAUGGAAUCUAUGCCUAUACACACAACUAUAUACUUAAGAACAAUGGAGGAAAAAGAACACAAUUGUCAUACUUGAGUAAAAGUAAAGAUACUGUACCAUAACAGAAAAUGACUCUAGUAAAAGUGAAAGUCACCCAAUUAAACACUAUUUGAGUAAGUCUAAAAUAUUUGGUUUCACACUCAUAAUCAAACCAGACGCCACGAUUUUCUAGUUUAUUUUAUUUAAGGAUAGGCAGGGGCACACUCCAACACUUAGACAAUCAUUUACAAACAAAGCAUUUUUUUUUGUGAGUCGGCCAGAUCAGAGGCAGUAUGGAUGACCAGGGAUUUUCUCUUGAUAAGUGUGUGAAUUUGACCAUUUUCCUGUCCUGCUAAGCAUUUGAAAUGUAACAAGUACUAUUGGGUGUCAGGAAAAAUGUAUGGCCUAAAAAGUAGAUUAUUUUCUUUCGGAAUGUAGUGGAGUAAAGGUAAACGUUGUCAAAAAUGUAAAUAGUAAAGUAAAGUACAGAUACCCCAAAAACUACUUAAGCAAUCAUUUAAAGUAUUUUUUACUUAAGUACUUUACACCACUGCUUAAGAAUUAUAUGUGCAGCGGUAGACAUUUUACCGACCUACCGGUAAAUGAGAGAAUGUUGAAGAAAGUGUGUUAUUGAAGGGAAUCAGUGUGCAGCACAACGAUAACGGCCAAAGACCUCCAAAUGCUAGGAGCAGUAAAUAACACAUGGAAGGGUAUCAGUCAAGGUAAAUGUUUUCCUAAUGUCACAAAACUCCCUCUAUCCUCCCGACGUAUGUAUGGACCACACUUUGAAAGAGAGCUUGCUACUCCGAGUUGCCUUACUUUGGCUCAAACAGGCCAUGCCUGACCCUGAUGUCAAGCUUACGGUGGCCCACCAUCAACAAAGUCGGCGGUAGCUGACAGUUUCAUGUUGACCGUCAGUUGGUCAUUGCGUUGCUGGACUGCUGGUGAUAUACCACCAUAUCUGUCAACACGGGUGCAAUAUCAGCUUGCCGACAGUGGUGUGCUGUAGCCACCAGUUGUCCAAUAAACGCUUGUUAGCUGGAGAGUUUUUGAUGUUGUUGAGAAAAUGAAAAUGGCCUUGUUGCUGAUAUAUAUAUAUAUAUAUAUAUAUAUAUAUAUAUAUAUAUAUAUAUAUAUAUAUAUAUCUAACAUUUGUCAUGCACUUCCUGAUGCAUUAUGUUACUGUGCAACUUGACCACAUUUGUAAAUACACUGCUAGAGCUUUUUUUAGAUACUUAUUACAGUUGAAUGAUAGAUAUAACCUCACAUCCACUAACCACUAUUUAUAACCCAUUUUUUUGUGCAUUCAACAAAAGGAACUUGGUCAUACUUAAGGAAAUGUUUUGUUAGUUGUUGUUUUUUGGGGGGAGGGGUGUAAGUUUCAAAGUUGUACACUUAUAAUUUUGUGAAGACUAUGUGAAAUGCAGUGGAAAUAUGUUUUUUUGUAAAACUAUUCUCUCCCAUAUUGGGAGUUGUCAUAUCUUUUUUAUAAGUUUACCCAAAAUAAAUGUACCAUUUCAUAUAACCUUAUCCAAGUACUUUUGAGAAGAUUAAUGCUAAUAUGUAAUGUGCUUCCUUCUGAAAGCAAGAACACUGGUGUUAUUCACCAUACUUAUUAG